ACUAACACAAGGCAUUUUGUGUGUCUGCCUCACUCCUCAAUUGCGCCGAUGCCGUCCCAUCCUUCAGGAACCCUGACACCCAGUUUGCUGAGGCUGGUCUUUGGCAAGUGGCGCCUGAACAAGGACCUGACAGCAUUAAACUGAAAAGAAGAUGUCCCUGUAUGACGACCUGGGGGUGGAGACCAGUGACUCCAAAACAGAGGGCUGGUCCAAAAAUUUCAAGCUUCUGCAAUCUCAGCUCCAGGUGAAGAAGGCAGCUCUCACUCAGGCAAAAAGCCAGAGGACAAAACAAAGUACAGUCCUUGCCCCCGUAAUCGACCUGAAGAGAGGCGGCUCUUCAGAUGACCGGCAGAUUGUGGACACCCCGCCACAUGUAGCAGCUGGCCUCAAGGAUCCUGUUCCCAGUGGGUUUUCUGCAGGAGAAGUUUUGAUUCCCUUAGCUGAUGAAUAUGAUCCUAUGUUUCCUAAUGAUUAUGAGAAAGUAGUAAAGCGCCAAAGAGAGGAACGACAGAGACAGCGGGAGCUGGAAAGACAAAAAGAAAUAGAAGAGAGAGAGAAGAGGCGUAAAGACAGACAUGAAGCUAGCGGGUUUUCAAGGCGACCAGAUCCAGAUUCUGAUGAAGAUGAAGAUUAUGAACGAGAGAGGAGAAAAAGAAGUAUGGGCGGAGCUGCCAUCGCACCUCCAACUUCUCUUGUAGAGAAAGACAAAGAGUUACCCCGAGAUUUUCCUUAUGAAGAGGAUUCAAGACCUCGUUCACAGUCUUCCAAAGCUGCUAUCCCUCCCCCUGUAUAUGAGGAACCAGACAGACCCAGAUCUCCCACCGGGCCGGGCAACUCCUUCCUUGCCAACAUGGGUGGCACGGUUGCACAUAAAAUCAUGCAGAAGUACGGCUUCCGGGAAGGCCAGGGUCUUGGGAAGCAUGAGCAAGGAUUGAGCACGGCGUUAUCAGUGGAAAAGACAAGUAAGAGAGGAGGCAAGAUUAUAGUGGGCGAUGCCACGGAGAAAGGUGGGUCUCCCCCACGAGCAGGGUUUCCAGAUGCAUCCAAGAAGUCAGAUUCAAAUCCAUUAACUGAAAUACUUAAGUGUCCUACUAAAGUGGUCCUACUAAGGAACAUGGUUGGUGCAGGAGAGGUAGAUGAAGACUUGGAAGUUGAAACCAAGGAAGAAUGUGAAAAAUAUGGCAAAGUUGGAAAAUGUGUGAUAUUUGAAAUUCCUGGUGCCCCUGAUGAUGAAGCAGUACGAAUAUUUUUAGAAUUUGAGAGGGUUGAAUCUGCAAUUAAAGCUGUUGUUGAUCUGAAUGGGAGGUAUUUUGGUGGACGGGUGGUAAAAGCAUGUUUCUACAAUUUGGAUAAAUUCAGGGUCUUGGAUUUGGCGGAACAAGUUUGAUUUUAAAACCUAGAACACGAGUCACCUCCAGUGAUCCUUAAAUGAACUGCAAGCUGAGCAAAGAAGAAAAAUCCAGCCUGCGUGGCUGUUGGGUACAGAGAUUCUUGGAAAGACUUCUAAGAUAUAUGUUGAUUGAUCCCUUUUUUAUUUUGUGGUUUUUUAAUAUAGUAUAAAAAUCCUUUAAAAAAAAAAUCUGUGUGCCUCUCUAGUGGUUUCUCUUUUUUGUUAUCACUUCUGAGUUGAUUGCAUUUUUGCUUGGAAUUCAUAAUUCAGUGAAACAGCAUUUCUUGCACUAGAAAACCUAGAAAAUUUUGGAACUUGGGGUUGUAUUAAGUUAUCCUUUGCUUUUGUUUUUUUGAUUCCUUUUAAUAAAGCCUACAAGUUACUAAACUGUAGCUUCCUAAAUUCUAUAAUAAAGUUAUCAUUUUGGCAGUCUGCCAAAAAUGUCUGCUUUCUCUAACAGAGAAAUUAUUAUUGAUGCCAGUCAUAGAAAAAAAUCUUUACGACCUGAAUUAAGGUUGAAGAAUUAUGAACCUACCAUGACCUGUUUGGAUGAAGCAUUUUUGGUAAAAUGCAGACUAUAGGGCUUAUGAUGGUUUUAGAGGUAUGUAGGUAUAGAAAUCAUGAAUCUAGCAUUUGUUUUCAGAGAUUCAAGCAUAGUCUUUAGAGCAGAAAUGACCAAGUUAAUUCAAAACUUUGCAGUAUAUUGUAAAUGUGUGCCCAGUUAUGUUUUGAAAGUGAUGAUUCUUUGGGAGUCACAUUUCUACUAGCAAAAUUUGCAAUAGUGUUAGUUUUCAUAAGUAAUUUUUAAAUUUCUAAUAAUUCUGGAAUUAUGGAAAAUUGUACUACUGACGUACAGUGGUAUUUGUGGCUUAAAAAAUUUAGAAGGACCACAAAAACCAAAAUAGAAAUAUUCAGUACUGAGGUUCAUUAUCAAAACAGGAAGUAUUUCCAGAAUAUACUUGUGCCUGUGUUCUGUUCUUUACUUGCCAGAAUAUUGCAUGUGACUUUCCUGAAGUGGCAACUGAGGGACAUGCACCUAAGUUGUCUCUUCAGGUUAUUAUGACAUGAAAGUGUGUUGUCACCCUUUGGGGGAAGAAAGCACUGAACAUUUCUUUGCAUCCAUGGACUUGGUUUGGAGACAUAAGGAAUAUUCUGACCCUUUUUAAAAAAGGAUUUUCUCAUGUUUUUAUUUAACAUAAAUAAAAGAAUAACAUUUUCUCUUUUGUGGUAUUAUUUUACUGAAUAAAAUUUAAUUGACUCGGUUUCUGUGAAAAAAGUGCACAAUGUUCUAUGAAAGACAUUUGAAUUACAGAAUAUAAGACAAAAAACUGCCUAAAUGAGCAUUUUGCAGGACAUAAAAAUCAACAGCAUCCCUGAAACUUGAGUGGCUCUGUCAGUGAAUUGAGCUGCUGAUAUUUCUGGACAUUAUGCUCUAUGCCUGAAUAUCUCAGUUUGCUGGUACUGAGUAUAUAUUUUGACAGCUUAGUUUAACUUGUAUAAAUGUUAACUUGUAUAAACUUAACUUAAAGCUUAAGUUCCAAAAUGCCAAUAAUGCUUGCAUUAUUGUUAUGCUUUACAAUAACCUCAUUUUUUGUUCACAUUUAGAUGGCUUUUCCAGACGUUUUCUUGAGCAGCAAUGAGAGAAAUGCAAAUGACUUGCACAACUUUGACUUUUAUUAGCAUGGGUACAACUUAAUAUCUAUCUUCCUCGUUCCUCUAAUUACUACUUUUUAAAUAUCCAUGAUUGCAUUAAUCAUUACUGCAGUAUUUAUAAUUAAUUUCUGAUAAUGGAAUAAUUUCUAAACCUCCUCCAAAAUAGUAUUUAAGAAAUCUGAAAUUUUUAUUGACCAUACUAACAUCGUAUUAACAUCAAUGUAAAAAUGUCA